UACCACAUGAUAUUGGAAAGGGGGUGUGCGGGGACCGCCAUUUUGCGGGAGUGGGCGGCUCAUUUUACUUCCUGACUCCUUUCGCUAUUCCACCGGUUAUCGCAGCGCCCUCCAGCCUCUGAUCUCUGAGUCUUCAACCCACAGAGGUUUUUUAUUGCUCUGACUCCAGGACCUUCUCUACAACUAGGCCGCUUUCCCUGCCAGGUGUCCUUUUUGACCUCUUGCCUCUGACUCAAAAGGUCAGCUCAAAGGUUCCGAACUCGGGCCUGGGAUGUGAAAGGGGAUUGAGCCUAAGUUCUCCGAAUCUUUAGCCCCGGGCUCCUAAGUCGCACCCUUCAGGCACCUCAGGCUAGGUCUGAGCCUUCAUAUCCCAAACUUACCCGAGUUUCCACAUUCAGCCCCAAAGAAUGAGUUAACUCCUACUAACUCUCCGCCUAAGCGUCCCGAGCUAACCAACCCAUCCCGGCCCGUCCCACAGAUCCGGUUCCGGAUUGAAGGGCCCCACCCUGUUAACCUACAGGUGCCUUAAGACGUGUCAGCCUCGCAAUUCCUGCUCCCACGGUUUCAAGUGUUAGCCCUGGUCCUUUCACACCCACUGCUUUGCCCCCAGAUUCUGGAAUUCAGCUCUUAAACUUUUAAAAUUUCCGUCCCUGAGGUCGUCCUCUUGGAGGAUCCCUGCCUCCCCACCUUCUGAACCCCUCAGCACCUCCUAUAGACCCCAAAAUGACUUCACCAAGCUCUCCUCCCCUAAAAUCAACAAUCCCUCCUCCCAGAACCCCUGUACCCCAAGCCAGCAGUAUUCCACCUCCGCCUCUACCCCCGAGUCCCCUGGACGUUUUAGCUUUUCCAUCCCGUCCCUGGAGUCAGCAAACCCCUGUUCCCCCACCGCCCCCACUGCCUCCUCCACCCUCUGCCUCGGGGCCUCCUCCCCCUCAUGUCUUCGGCCUGGAGAAGAGCCAGCUCCUGAAGGAGGCCUUGGAGAAGGCUGGCCCGGUCCCCAAGGGCAGAGAAGAUGUGAAGAGGCUCCUGAAGCUGCACAAGGACCGGUUCCGAGGUGACCUGCAGUGGAUCCUCUUCUGUGCAGACCUGCCGUCCCUCAUCCAAGAAGGCCCUCAAUGUGGGCUGGUGGCCUUGUGGAUGGCAGCUACUCUCCUGUCACCUCCGAGUGGCGUCCCCCUGGAGAGACUCGUGCAGGUAGCCAUGGAAAGAGGCUACACGGCCCAGGGAGAGAUGUUCUCAGUGGCCGACAUGGGCAGGCUGGCCCAGGAGGUGUUGGGCUGCCAGGCUAAGCUGCUCUCUGGUGGCCUGGGCGGUCCCAACAGAGACCUCGUCCUGCAGCACCUGGUCACCGGACACCCCCUGCUCAUCCCCUACGACGAGGAUUUCAACCAUGAGCCAUGUCAGAGGAAGGGCUAUAAGGCCCACUGGGCAGUGAGCGCAGGGAUCCUGCUGGGUGUUCCCGCUGUUCCAGGUCUCGGCUACACUGAGGACCCCGAGCUGCCGGGCCUAUUCCACCCAGUGCUGGGCGCGCCCUGCCAGCCACCAUCCCUGCCGGAGGAGAGCUCCCCGGGAGCUGUCUACCUGCUGUCUAAGCAGGGCAAGAGUUGGCACUAUCAGCUGUGGGACUACGACCAAGUCCGGGAGAGCAACCUGCAGCUGACGGACUUCUCGCCCUCGCGGGCCACUGACGGCCGGGUGUAUGUAGUGCCGGCGGGUGGGGUGCGGGCUGGCCUCUGCGGCCAGGCUCUGCUCCUCAGACCGCAGGGCUGCAGCCUAGCUCAGUCACCAUUUGAAGUGUGCCGCCACUUCUCUACGUGUGAUGACCCCAAGGUCUGAGCUGGGUCUCGGGCCUCCAGCCAAGGGAUCCUUCAUCAGGACCACCCCUGCUCCAUCUCUUCCAGGCCUGGGCAUUGUCCCAACCCCAGGGCCACCCCCUGCAGGACCCUGCGUCUGCAUAUCCCAUCUGAAUGUCACAGCGGUCCGUUUCUCACUGGGGACCGCCUCUGUCACCUCACUAGAUAUCUAAGGAGCCUCCUGCCUGGGCCCUCUGCUGCUCACAGGACAGGGACACUACACUGUGCCAGCCUCAGCUCACCCCUCCUUAGCCCAGGCUUUUCCUCAUGCUUGCCCCCUGCCAGUCAUACUGGCCUUUCAGAUCCCCGGAGCAUUGGGUCCAUCCUCCAGCCCUCUGCUGCGGAUCGCUCCCUAACUUCUGCAUCGGGGCUCAGGUAUCACUACCUCAGGGACGAGUCAGCCCCAGUCUAGGCAUCCCUCCCCACCUCACAUCCUCACUGUUUUAAAACCCAUCUGAGAGCAGUUAACUGCGUCAGUCCCUCUGUGUUAACUCUGCAGAUCUGGCAGCCCUGUAAGGGGGGUGCUAGAUGCCCCCCAUUUGACAGAUGGCAGGACUGAGGCCUGGAGAGGUGGAAUCGCUGGCCUAAGGUCACAUGACUAGCAAGUGGCAGGGUCAGGAUUCAAGCUAGGUAGUCAUCCCUAUCCACCCAUACAAAUAUCUAGUAAGUGUGUGUGAUUACUAGUUUUGUGAAUACCUGCCCCCUCCACUCUGAAAUGGGAGGAACAGGCCUGUCUUGAUCACUGCUCUUUCCCUAAUUGAGCCAGUCUCAUUUAGGGAAACUGUACAGUGUCAUGUUUCCUUUUUUUGUUUUUUUGAGACAGAGUCUUGUUCUGUCGCCCAGGGUGGAGUGCAGUGGUGCAAUGUCAGCUCAUUGCAGCCUCCACCUCCCAGGUUCAAGCGAUUCUCCUGCCUCCGCCCCCCAAGUAGCUGGGACUACAGGCAUGCGCACACCAUGCCUGACUAAUCCUUUGUAUUUUUUGUAGAGAUGGGGCUUUGCCAUAUUGCCCAGGCUGGUCUGAAACUCCUGACCUCAGGUGAUCCACACCUCAGCCUCGCAAAGUGCUGAGAUUACAGGUGUGAGCCCCCUCACCCAGCUACAGUGCAGUGUUUCUAACCAGUGACAGGGUAAAGAGGAUGUGUGUCACCAUCCCAGCCCUGAUCAGCCUGCCUGUGCAUCCCCCAUCCCAGCCAGGGCUUGGAGCAGCCUUGGUCACCACUGUGUCCCCUGCAUUGUCCGAUACAUCCAGGCACAAGAAUAGCUGCCGAGGUAACAGAUCUGCUGAGUGAGUGAAGUGGCCUGCUCGGAGCCUGCCUCUUUCCCACACUGCUUGUUAUCUUGUUACUCCACCCAGCACUUUUGUCGAGAUACACUCCAGAUGCAAAAGAAAAAGCUUCAUGACAUUGAC